UGCUGUUGAAAGCUGUAGUCAACUAUUCCAUGUGAAUUUACCGAAAGAUAUCUUGAGAAAUACUGGAAUUACUGCAAUCGGUUCAUCGCGUGAUCACUCGUACGAUCAAUUGAUUUGAAAUUGUUAACGACAUGACGAUGUCGUUGGUGACAGUUAUUUUUAUGGUGACCCUCAUUGUCACCACAACUGUUGCCCGGGUGCUCCCGAAAAGGAGUUUAUCGGAUAAUCUCUCCGAGUCAUACGACUACGAGGAUUACCCGGGAAAACAAGAACAGUAUCCGGUAGCAACGAAAAGGGCGGCCCUCCUCCUCGACAGAUUAAUGGUAGCCCUCCAAAAAGCUGUUGAUGAACAGGGAAUAGGUGAUUCACGAGGUGGAAGAGAUAUUCUGAGGUCUAAAUCGCGACUGGGAGGUACCAUCGGAUCGCAAUCAGGACCGAGUAAAUCCGGGAUGGAUUUGCAGAGACGAGGACCUGUCAACGGCAGCGUCUACUGGCGCUGCUAUUUCAACGCCGUCACAUGCUUCAAGAAGAAGUGAUAGAUUAAAAUCUAGGUGCCAAACGACUCCUCAGUUCUUUCAUCAUAAUCGGCUAUCUUGUCAACCUCGAUACUACUCUCCGGCGCGUUUUUCCUAAUUAAUACUCUGACAUUAACUGUACUGGAAGUUCGAUUGACAUCGGUAGCGAAGCGGUAACACAAGUUCAAGCCGAUUCUCCAGGAAUCCACGGGAGAUAGCGCGAUUUUUGUUAAGACCUUUUUUGUGGAGCUCAUUGAGAGCUACAGAAAUGGUUAUUACAACAAUUUUCAUAUCUCCUGAAGUUUCGGAGAUAUUCUUGAUGGACGGGGCUUACCACUUCACUUCGAUUCUCAAAACGAAGAAGUCUUCCCAAUUUGUUUAUCGUAACUCUUUAAACUCCGAAUGGUAAAUAUGUAAACUAUUUUUGCUAACCGAUAUUAGUCCUCACUGACAUGAGGAUGAGGAUUUUAUUAUUUAUGUGACAGUCUCCCUAAUUAAUUUAUUAAUUUCCGAAUGGGACUAGGAUCGUGAAAUAUGGUAAUAUCAAUAAAUAACAGACAACUGUUAAUACAUGUAUAAUUGGUAAAUUCUUGAAGAAAAAUAUGAGCACAAUUAUUGACUGCACUGCAUCUUAUAUUCUCAAUUAUUAAUUCAGUUAUUAAAAAUAACCAUAAGAAGACGCUGGAAAAUUUCCAAACGCAUAACAAUAUUCCGUGAGAGUUUUUAUACAUAUUUCAUUUCGAGAG